AAUUUAUCCAAUCCAAUUCUUAUCUUCUUCUACAUUUUUCGCAACCAAAAACAGGGCCUCGCAUGCCCUGGGGCCGUCGACCUUUCCUUUGUACUUCUGGGCAGGAAUCGAAACUCUCUCUCAUACCGUCCCCCAAGCUACCUCCCCCAGACCGUGCCUUUUCCUCUCGAGCCGCCAUUACAGUCCCUACCGAGCAUUUCCAUACGGAGUAGAAAAUAGGGACCCGCCGCGACUUGCUCCAAUUGCAGGGCACAAUCCGCCUCUUCCACGACACUUCUCGCCUUGAUAUCCCCCGUUUCGAACUGGCAUACUGUGAGAAAGGAGCGCAAGGACUGAUUGGGAAAAUCAUUUGAAUGCUUCAAUCUCAUACCAGGCCGUCGCUCGGACAAAGAUUGGAUUGAGGGGAGAACCGCUGUGGGUUCAUGGGUUCGUCGUCGUUGUGCCUCCUCGAGCCGCAUCUGAUGCCGACUCUGCCAACGUCGGGGCGUCCAAUAUCAAAAUGCAGUCCCUCGAUGCCGCUCCGCAGUCGCCGAAACUGCGCACGCCUAUCUCUCUAAACGUGGAUACUGGGUAUAACGGGAAAGGGAAGCGGAGGGACGCCUCUCCGCCGCGGACGCCGCCGCCGAGGACGCAAAACUCGCAGAUGGGCAGAGUCAAUUAUUCAGAUGGAAAGGGGGAGAUGGGGGUGCAUACGAGCCCCGCAGAAGCAUGGCUAGACGAUAUCACACCUGUUGACCCCUCUACGAUCAAAGAGAGUGAACCCAGGAGAAGGGAGACGAGAGACUCGCACGAUCUUUCUUUGUCUGCACAACAAGGAAUCCGGGACUCGCUGGUGGACCAUAUGCUGUUGUCCUUCGACCAAUUCCCAUACACACAAGACGAGGGAAGACAUCCAACUGUUGAUGAAGAACGGCUGUAUUCUUACGACGAGGGGCCAUACCAGCCUAGCUCAAAUUUUGGCCCUCCCCGAAAUGGUCCAUCGGGGCACAGUUAUUCUUAUAGCUCCGACUACGAAAAUGACGAUUCGAGUCGGUAUUCGGGUCAAUACUCUCGAGGUCGGAGGAGUAAUAGCAGCUCAAAUUUUCAGACCGGGUUGGGCAGAAUAAAUAGCGGACGCAACGACAACUACACGGGGACCAAUCCCACAAUUUCAAGGGGCCCGCAAGUUCAAGUUCCCACGCGAGGAUUGCAUUCAAGGGGCGGGAAGGGCAGCAAAGGAAGUAGCGCCAACAGUUUUGACCUCGGAUACGCGCAAGUUACAAGCAACACCAGGUGGUCUCGCGGACUCUCUGGGAGGUCUUCGAGCUUUGACUAUGGCGACGGCUCGGUAUUACAAAACGCAAUGAGCCGGCAGAUAGACAACAAUGUUUCCGCGUUGAGUCCUUUGUUUAGUCCAUAUGACUACGACGCUGCACCAACUCCCACAAUACCUGGUGGGCCUCGCAGAUGCCCGCCUUCUCCAAUAAUGCUCCCCCACCAUGAACCUGCGCCGGUUGAACCACCACCCCCAAAGCUUGAGCGCAAGAGAAGCACCAGAUCAGCGAAGAGUGCCUACAAAGGCAAGCCUAUUUCUGGAGGGAGGCCCGAUUAUGGCCUGAAUAAUCCCACGCGUGAUCUACCGUCGUUGCCAGCCUUUAUUAAAGAGCCUGCUCCCGCACCCUCAGUUGCAUAUGGGAAGACAAAAGAAGCAAGUCAAGCAGCGCAGCCCACCAAGGAUCGACCAGGUUUCUUUAGAAGGGUCUUUGGCUCGUCCAAAAACAAUCCUGCACCAACACCAGAUCAUGCACCGUCGCAUCGAUCUGGUCCGUCCGCUGAAACCGCAGAUCAAUCAAGCAGUAAAUCUCAUCAUAUUGGCAAUCAGAUUAAGCCCCAUUAUAUACCAUCACCUCCUCGAGAAGCGCCGCCAGCUCCAAAGGAACACACACAUGUGCUAUCGAAGAGGCCUUCCGCGUUUUUCCGGCGUAGAAAGAAGUCUGUAUCCGAACCUGAGGCGCCGCUGCCCGUAAUGCCGGUCCUUCAGUAUCAACCCACGGCAGACGAGCCGCAUAGUCCAGCCAGUAGUCUUCGUCAGGUCAUGAGUCCCUACUUGAAGGUCAAUAGUAGAGGUACUGUGGAUUCUGAAGAUCCUCCUGACAGGCGAGAACCCAGCCCCGAAGAUGAGCGCCAGGUGAGGGGAUUUUCCCCAGAUUACGAACCUGAUGUCAGUGCGACAAUAAGGCCCGUCAAAUCAAGUUCAAGGGAUGCGAUUGAGACUCGUUCACCGCCAUAUUUAUUGGAUCAAGCGCCGCCUGCAGCUCGAACUAGUGGGCAUCAUGCAGGUCUAGACGGGCACGGGCAAUCGCGAGACGAACGCGGUGCCACCUUCCUCCAGGACAAUAGUGAUAAUGACCCCGACGCCCAUAGCGAUUCUUCGAAACCUGCGCUCCCCACAACCGAUGCAGCAACCGGAUCAAAUCGCAUUGCUGCCCCGGUGUCUCCUCAAUUGCAAUCUGCAAGUAGGGACAUGAUGCUCGGGGGCCAGGAUGAGAGAACGCUCUCGAAACUGUCUCCCGCAUCUGCGAAAACAGACGUGUCCAGGGACCCCUCCGCGAUGGGAUCACCGCGCAGUGUAGCAGAAUCUAAAUUCAGUCAAACUAAGCCUGCGAGCAUUGUUAAGGAACAAGAGUUAUUGUCGCCUAUAAAUGCCUUAGAGAGCAGCCGCUUAUGGUUGGAACUGUCAUCAUCAGAGGAUGACUUUCGCCCAAAGAACCUUGAACCGCCAACUAAGACUGAGAUAUUGUCAACAACCUCUGGGUCGACGGACACGGUCUACAAGUCUGCGACCAGCCUGCCAAUAUUGCAGUUUGAAGGUCAGGAUGAAGACGAACUUCAUAGACAACAAACCCAGGCCGUCACCGAAGCUCUAGACGCGGAUGUAAGUGAAAGAGCGAAGAUGAUAUAUGAUGGAAACGAAGAUUUCAUUCCAAGAGAAAAGGCCGCUGCCUGGUUGGGAGAGGAGCGCGAGCUUAAUGCAAGAAUGUUAACUGCUUACAUGGAACUGUACGACUUCACGAAUCUCAACAUACUUACAGCGCUGCGUACUAUGUGUACCAGAUUGGUCCUCAAGGGCGAGAGUCAGCAAGUUGACCGGAUUCUGGAUGCAUUUGCUCAGAGAUGGUGCCAAUGCAAUCCAAACCAUGGAUUCAAGGUCACUGAUGUCGUCCACACUAUAUGCUACUCUCUGCUCCUGCUCAACACGGAUCUUCAUCUUGCCGACAUCGAGCAGAAGAUGACUCGAAGCCAAUUCGUUAAGAACACGAUGCCCACCAUUCGGAAAAGUGUGGCAGACUCGGCCCCAGAUGCUUUUGAGCCGAAUCGUCCCACUGUACUACCGGGCAAGAGCCAAGCUUUUACUCAGGAUUCUCCAACCACUAAGUCUAAUGAGAACUUGAAGCCGGAGAAGUCGUCACUUGAGGUCGAACGACCAUCGUGGAGAUCUUCAUUCAAACCCCCACCAAGAACAGACUCGGAUGGCCUCAAUGGCAAAUCGCCUACGCCCCUGGAUUAUGAUACGCCACUAGACGAUUGUGGACCUCUGGUGAAGGCACCCUUUCACGGCACCCUGAGGACUUGGGAGGUCCAGGUGGAGAUCGUCCUCAAAGACUUUUACAAUUCAAUUCGCAAUGAGCGUCUUCCAUUAUGCGGCGCCACGGAGGACAAGUCACAGUGGCAACCACCAUCAUCUAGCUCCCUAUCAGUGUUUGGAAACGGAAAGCUUCGACGCUCUCCAAGCGUCUUGAGCAAAACGCCAUCCGAGCCGAACUAUAUGAGGAAUAGAACAGCCGACACUGUCCGAGUUGGAGGAAACAAGUGGGCGAGCAAGAAUCGCUCAAGACCUCGCCUCUAUCCUACCUCUUCCGGAUUAGGAUCUAGCCGGACAAGCUUAGACGACCAGUCCUCAAUGUGGAGUCCGUCUGUAUCUUCGAGCACCUGGAGUAAAUACUCGCUUGGAAAAACCCAAACCUCAUCAAUGUCAGUCGACUCGUUCGGUUCAAACUGGCUUCAAGGAGAUUUUCAACAAUCAAUCGGGUUCGCCAAUGCACUCAGUCAAGCCAUCAUCCGCGAGGAGACCGUGGGUAGCGUUAGUAGCGCUGGCAGCGAUGAGUUCCGUGUCGCACCUCUCCUUGAAGAUGAGUCACUCGAACUUGCUGGUGCACCAUGGGCAAAAGAAGGAAUUGUUAAGCACAAGCAUCACCUUGAAGCUCUCGACAAGAAAGCCAAGGAUCGCAACUGGAACGAGGUGUUCGCUGUCAUUGAGAAGGGUUACAUGAGUCUCUUCUCGUUUUCAACGAAAAGUAUGCGCAAUAAAUCGAAAGGUAGAGCUGUUGGUGGAGUCGUCGGUGGAGGAAAUUGGCAAGAUAAUGCGGAAAAUCUUGGUUCGUUCCUGCUUCGACAGACCAUUGCAAGUGCUCUCCCAUCACCGGGGUAUUCAAAAGCACGUCCCCAUGUCUGGGCGCUCUCGUUGCCUACAGGAGCAGUUCACCUCUUCCAAGUUGGCACUCCGGAUAUUGUCAAAGAGUUUGUGUCCACAGCCAAUUACUGGAGCGCGCGACUUUCAAAUCAUCCUCUUGUCGGCGGGAUCAGCAACAUUGAGUAUGGUUGGUCCGAUGCCGUGGUGAAUAAUGUAUUAGCGGCGACUAUCAACGAAAGUGUCUCAAGCAGACCAUCUACCAGUGCUCGGAGACCAAGUAUACAGAGCUCUUUGCGAUCGAGUAUCGAUCAAAGCGGGCACCCCAGGUCGAAGUUACCUGGAGACAGGAUUACAAUUUCGGAUUGGACGCCACCUACUCAAAGCAUGCGCGCCAGUAACUUGAUGGAGACGGACCAACUGGCGACUUUGGUUGCUUACGUGGCCGGUAUUGAAGAGGAGUUGCAAAAGCACAACCAAUUGCGAAACCCUAUGCUUCUGGCGUUCUCACCGCGCCAUCCCAACGCACAGAAAGCAAUGGCCAACUGGGAAAAGAAAUCCUCGUACCUGCUGCGUGAAAUCGUGAAGUUCAGAACGUAUAUUGAUUCGCUCCAAGGGGCGCAAGCAACCAGAGAGCGCGUCUAUGCCGAACGAGCUGCGGAAAAGGCGGUGGCCGAAGGUUCAGAAUACGACGAGGCAGACUCGGUGCUCCAGAACGAGGAAAUUGGUCGAAUUGCUUCGCAGCCCUGAAAAUCGA